AUGGCAGAAGCUCAAUCCUCGUUCAAAGUAGAGAAAGGCACAUGGACUCCAACAGAAUUUGGUCGUCCGAGUACCAGAAGAAGGGAACCCUGCAUUAAGAACAGUUCUCUACGCGAAGAGCUUGAGAAGAAUAUACCAUCUCCUUGUUCGAGUUGUUUAGGGUUUCCCUUCAAAGUCGAAGGUUCUAUGGGUUGGGCUGGUAACCAACCAUGCGUUUACGGAUCCCACGAGGGAUGCUCCCGCCAUAACCCAGAGAGAUUGGCAAUCGCGUGGAACAAGCGGAUUCCCUCGAACAAGAAGAAGCCCGGAAUCAUCGAAAGGUUCCGUGGGUCGCUUAAGGUGCCUGAAUACGACGAAGUACGCCGAAGCACACGUAUCUGGUCCUCACUCCACCUAGAUAACGCCACCGCAGAUCCUCUCGAUCCUAUUCACGCAUCUAUCCGCUACGCUUUGGCAUAUUAUCAUCUCGACUGGGUUCGAACCGCCGGGUCGCCCGAUUUGCAGAAGGCGAGAGUAAAUUCCCUAGCGUGCAGCGGAACCGUGCUCGGGGACGGAAAGCGUCGACCGGACUUCGAGUUUUGGACCAAUCCGUACUGGCACAAAGGAUCUUUUCUUAUCCAGCAGGUCAUCCGAUUCACUGUCCAACCGAAGAAGCGAAAUCCUUUGCUUGGGAAGGAAACCGUCUACCUAGAGUACCCUCGAGACGACUGGACCUUCCAGGCUUGCCCGCACAUCCAACACUGCUUCGGAAGAUACCAGUUCGUGGAGACGCAGGGGCUCAUGAAGGCGAACGUAACUUACAGAACUAAGAAAAGGAGCGCCGUGAUUGAGUUAGAAACUAAAUCUAAAACCCAAUGGGAGAGCACGCAUGGCCCUCUCUGCCACGCAACCAACUGCCAACAGUGCUGCACCGAUAACUGGAUGCAUAUAAGUCUGAUCGAAGAUAAGAUCGUGGUCCACAUGUAUGUGUGGAAAGAUCUCGGAAACGCACUCAAUGCGUACGAUAAGAAGUGGAUAGCAGCGUUGAGACCAGAGGGCCCAAGGUGGAGGCGCUCCAAGGACGAGGCCAACAGCAACGCGGUUCGGGCCAUCGUCCUAGCGGCGGUAAAUGCGUCAAAGGGUAGCCGGGGCUCUUCGGCGAAGUAG